CUGUCCGCAGUCUCUGGUCAUCCCUGUGCUGUCCGCAGUCUCUGGUCAUCCCUGUGCUGUCCGCAGUCUCUGGUCAUCCCUGUGCUGUCCGCAGUCUCUGGUCAUCCCUGUGCUGUCCGCAGUCUCUGGUCAUCCCUGUGCUGUCCGCAGUCUCUGUCUCUGGUCAUCCCUGUGCUGUCCGCAGUCUCUGGUCAUCCCUGUGCUGUCCGCAGUCUCUGGUCUUCCCUGUGCUGUCCGCAGUCUCUGGUCAUCCCUGUGCUGUCCGCAGUCUCUGGUCAUCUCUGUGCUGUCCGCAGUCUCUGGUCAUCUCCUGUACUGUGUCCGCAGUCUCUGGUCAUCUCCUGCACUGUGUCAGCAGUCUCUGAUCAUCCCCUGCACUGUCCGCAGUCUCUGGUCAUCCCCUGCACUGUCCGCAGUCUCUGGUCAUCUCCUGUGCUGUGUCCGCAGUCUCUGGUCAUCUCCUGUACUGUGUCCGCAGUCUCUGGUCAUCUCCUGUACUAUGUCCGCAGUGUCUGGUCAUCUCCUGUACUGUGUCCACAGUCUCUGGUCAUCCCUGUGCUGUCCGCAGUCUCUGGUCAUCUCCUG